AUGCCCUCGCGACGCAGCCAUACCAAAUCCCGCAAGGGUUGCAUUCAGUGUAAGAAGCGACAUGUAAAGUGCGACGAAGAAACGCCACAAUGUGGUUUGUGCAAGAAGAGAAAAUUGAGUUGCACCUAUCCAUCCAAUGAUGCCGAUAGUCAAAACCCUUCGACGCCACAGGAUACCGCUGAGACAGUAUCGAGCCCAGAAACAGAUUCGUCGCAAACACGCAUGCUCGAAAUGAGGCUCUUUCAUCAUUAUCUUACGGAGACAUAUGUCACCCUUUGUCAAGGCCGCCUCGAUGCACAUCAUUUUCAAGUCGUAAUCCCGCGGAUUGUGGUGUCCCACCCAUUCCUAAUGGACAGCCUCUUGGCAUUAUCUGCUCUUCAUCUUGCUUAUCUGGAACAACACGACAAUCGUUCCUGGCUGGAGAUCGCCCUGAAGUAUCAGAGCCGCGCCUGCUCGGCGUUCAGUCGAGUCUUGGCGGACAUUUCACCUGAGACCUGCGGACCAGCUUUCAUUUGCUCCAUUUUCAUCAUGCUUUGUGCAACGGCGUAUCCUUGUGUUUCAGAGGACAGACAGACAUUCGAACCGCUGUCUCAUGUGUUGGAAAUCCGUCAGCUUAUUGCCGGCUGUGCCCUCUUGUUCGUGCAACUCAACGGUAUGGAGUACCGUGGUGACUUGCAGGGAUGGUUGAAGUGGAAGGAUGAUGAAGUAGAUCAGGAUGGAAAUCCAUAUCAGGUACGGGAAUCACAACUCAAUCUUCGCAGUGCGGUCAUGGAUUCUCUGAAAGGCGUUCAUGAAAAAUUUACCAGUUUUGGCGGAUCAAAUCAGCCAACAUACCUAGCCACUUGGCAGGUAUUGCAUGAGGCCAUCAAACGAUGGCCAUUCGGGGGUCCAAACGGCGGCAUAAUCGCGUGGCCGAUCAACAUCAGUGAGGCUUACAUCGAUCUGCUCAAGCAGGGUGAUUGGGUAGCUCGAAUCUUGUUUCUACAUUACGGUGUCGGACUGCAUCUUCUGUCAGACAAAUGGUUUGUUCGAAAUUGGGGCCGACGUCUUAUCGAGACCGUUUUGCAAUCAGACGAUGAAGUCCCCUCAAUUUGGACGGAUACCAUCUCCUGGACCAGGAGUGCGGUUGAGCUAGAAGAAUAA